UAUACACAAGGAGACAUAGUUUUGGUCUUACUGAGGUCAUGGUAGUGUGGAGAAAAAGGGGAGGAGAAAAAAAACGCUGUACUGAUGCCAAGUCCAGGACACUUAAAUUAGAGGGGUAGCUAAGCAAGGAGGCAUGUUUCAGUUAUAGAGAGAGCUGCAGUUUUCAGACUUGACCUCAAGCAGUUGGCAUUAUAGCUUUGUCAGGUGGUGAACAUAAGUCUCAGGGUUACCAAAUGGGAAUAUAAAAGUCUACAUAGUUUGCUGACGUCCAACCUCGUGUCGUUUACUCAAAUCUGUGCUGAGCUGAGAAUCCACAUUUUCAUUCACUGCUGUCCCCAAAGUGCCAAUCCGCCUCCAAGGCACAGGUGGAGCAGCCAUGUCCACUGGCUCUGUUGCAAGUGAUGCUGAGGACUAUGAGACAUGCCGCAGGAAGGCCGUCGCCUCUGUGGACAAGAGCGCCCGGAAGAUUACCUGCUAUAAUCCCAAUCGGUAUUCAGAUGAGGAGUUGGAGGAAGACGGUGUAGAGGAGACGAUCAAGCAUGAGCGCAAACUCUCCAAAGCGCACCAGAAGGAAGCGCGGCAGUUGCAGAGGAACGCGGCCAACGCCAGGGAGAGGGCGCGGAUGAGAGUGCUGAGCAAAGCGUUCUCCAGACUAAAAACCAGCCUGCCCUGGGUACCAGCUGACACCAAACUGUCCAAAUUGGACACGCUUCGACUCGCCUCGAGCUACAUCUCCCACCUGAGGCAGCUUCUGCAGGAUGACCGGUUCGGGAACAGUUUUGCGCACCCAGUCAACCUGACCUGGCCAUUUAUGAUGACAGGCCGACCAGAGGACAGCCAAGGCGUCACUGUAAGACUGUGCGGGGCAACAGCAUAGGACUAUCUUCUUCAAACACCAGCUUUGGUUCUUGUAGAGCCUGCAGACAUUAUGAAAAACCUCCUGGCCAGUGUCCAUCUUUGGAAAACUGUCAACACUUGUCCAAAACAAUGACUUGGAACUCCACUGAGGAUUGUGUAUUUCAGAGCAUGUCAGCUAGGACAAUAGACACUCUAAGCUUGUUGAGAUAUAGUUUUUUUGUGUGUGCAUGUUUAUUAGUAUGGUAUGUUUACACUGUGUGUAAGUUCAUAUCUCAUGGUUUUAAACUCUGGAUUUGGCUUUUACAAACUUCAGUCUCACAACUUGCUUUGUCAUUGUAUUGAAUUCUAAACAGUGUUACAGAUAUUUUGGUUGAUCACGAAACAUUAUUGUUACAGUGUACAGAUCUGCCUGUAGGUAGUAGCAGUUUUCCAUAUUCACUCAUCUGCAUAGAUUGACAGGUCCUAGAAUGCAUUUCACAAAAUCCCCUCACAACUCAAAGUCUGUUUUGCUGCUUUGACUGUAUUGCCAUCACCAAGCUGAAAUGUACUGUAGGAUCCUUCUAUAUCGUAG